UCUGUUUAGACAUAUGGAAAUCGAAAGUGGUUUUAUGAAGAAGUCAUAAAAUGGCGUCUUACUUAAAAACAUCAAAUCAAAAGGGAUCAGAUGUUUGUUACGACGUAUGUUGUUCUGUUUGCGAAGAGGAUGGCAUAAAUAAUGAAGGACUGUUUCAUUGUAAAAUAUGUUUAAAAACAUACUGCGACAACUGCGUGAAAAUGCACAAAAAGCUACAUAAGGAUCAUGCAGUGUCAUCGAAAUCUGACGGUCACAGCUGGUAUGCUGCGAAAACAGUUGAUGAUACUAUGGAUUUAUGUGAGGAGCACACGACUGAGAAACUAACGAUGUUCUGUGAAGAUCAUGAACAGUUGCUAUGUAAUUUAUGUCUCCUUCUGAGUCACAGGCAAUGCAGUAAGGUGUUUACAUUGGCUGAACAGGCCAAAUCAAACCCACAACGUAUACCCCUUGUUCAAGUGACGAAAGGAAUAGAAAAGUCGCAGAAGCGUUUAAAGGAUAUGGUGGACAGAGGAAAAGAUAACAUAAAAUCACUUAAAGCUUCUUACGAACAAAUUUGUGAAGAAAUACUUGAUGAACGUCGACAGAUCAACGAGAAUCUUGACCGACUUCAGCAAAACACCAUAAGAGAAUUGCAAUCAAUUCACGAGCGCUUAAAUAAUUCCAUUGAAGAUGACACCAAGCGAUGCUUAGAAUGUAUUUCAAAGUUAAAGAUAUAUGGCGCUAAGCUCAAAGACAAUAUUCUACCUGAACGAACGUUUAUUACGUUAAGAAAAUGUAUUGAUCAAACUGCUGCAGCAGAUUCACUCCUAAAAAGCAUGAUCAAGAAUGAUGGAACUGAUAUUAAAUUCCAGCCUAACCGUGAAUUGAUUCAAUGUCAUGCAGACUGCACUGAUCUUGGGAAAAUCAUCAUAGGCGAGCCACAACAUAACGUUGAUCCAAACAAGAUUGUCAGCAUCGAGGAAAAGUCAGAAUAUAAUGUUCGAACAGCUACUGAUAAAUCCUCAUGUGGGAUUACGGGUAUAUGUACGACUUCCAACGGGGAUAUCAUCAUUGCUGACUGGUACAAUAAUUGUGUGAAACUCCUUAAUCAAGCGUACAAGGUGAUUGAUCAAGUUCAGCUUCCUACUUAUCCGAGGUCCACGUGUAGCAUUUCCUCAGUCGAGAUUGCGGUGACUGUUAGCAGAAAUUAUGCCGAUGCUCUUAACGGGAUUCAUUUCUUACGGGUAGAUGGCGGAAAGAUUAUACGCAAACAGGUUCUAAAAAUGAAUCAUGUCUGUUUUGGAAUUGCGCAUGUCGAUGCAGAAGUAUUUGUGACUUCCGGUACUGCGUUGUACGAAUACACAAUGGACGGACGGUUAGUUAAGAAGUUAUACGAAGAUAGUACUGGACAAGCCCGAGUUGUAGGUGUUGCGGUGAGUCCUGAUGGGAAGAUGAUCUAUGUGACGGACUUAAUUAAUGGCAUGCUUCGCACGCUGACCAGGGAUGGAACAGUCACAGCUACGUUCCAGGAUCCCGCAUUCAAACAUGGCAUGCUUACUAAUAACAUACAUGUGGCAGCCACAGGGCAGGUUUUCGUCUUUGGUGACAACUCCAUAAGUCAAGUGGAUACAGUCGGCAAGACAAUCCUCAAUACCAUCUCUGUUAACAUUGCAAAUCCUGCAUCUGUCUACUUUAAUGAAGUAACGAGAAAACUAAUAGUUGGAUUUUGGGACCACGACAACAUCAAUGAGUUCAAAACAAAAACAGUUCCGACUUUUUAAUUGACAAAAAGCAAAUAAAGAAAGUAAUUACAGCAUAACGUAAUUUAUACUAUUAUUCUUUUAUUAACCGAAUUUCUAUUUCAAUAAAUAAAGAAGCUUUUAUGAUUAAA